GCUAUGUUGACAGAAAACCCAUCAGCAUCAGGACCACAGCAGUACGUUCUCAUCUCAGUCUUGCUGUGACGGGACACCGGCACUUUUACUCAGCACACCGCCACGCGGAUACGCGCAGUGCUGUGCCGAGCUGGGCCGUGAUAAAGUUGUCAUGAGAAGAAACUACAGGACUACAGGACAUCGACUGAGCGCGUUGGAGUGACAUUAUGGAGAAAGAGCAGCCCCGGUUACUGUGCUCGAGGCUCUUCCUGAAGAACAGGCUGGUGGAAGUGGCUUUAAACCGGAGUGUGCUGGCUUGGAAGGAAACUGAGAAGAGCAGAAGACGGAGGUCAGGCUUCAGCAGUUUGUCUGACACAGCUCACAGUCAGGCGGCUCAGGUGUAUGAAAUCGUGGCCGUGCACGAGGCCGAAGACAACGACACCAAGAGAAAGGACAAGCGGGUCACUGGGCUGUAUCCUCACGCAUUCACAGUUGCAUAUGUGAAGAGGACGGCGCAGCACCAGUGGCGCUGCAGCGAUGUCACCUUCCGCUGUGCCAGUCAAACACUGUGUGAGCAGUGGAUCCAAGUUAUCAACGAGCAGCUGUCACUACUCACCAACCGGCCCAAGAGUCUCCUGGUGUACAUCAAUCCCUACGGCGGAAAGCGGCGUGGGAAGCAUAUUUACGAGCAGAAGGUGGCUCCACUGUUUCGCCGUGCCUGCAUCUCAGCCGAUGUGAUUGUUACAGAGCGUGCCAAUCAUGCCAGGGACCACUUGAAAACAGAAGCCAAUCUAGAUAAAUAUGACGGGGUGGUGUGUGUGGGUGGAGAUGGAAUGUUCAGUGAAGUUCUGCACGGGUUGGUCACCAGGACACAAGCUGACCGUGGCGUGGACCAGAGCGAUCCCGAUGCAGAGUUGGUGCCUUGCGAUCUACGCAUUGGGAUCAUUCCUGCAGGCUCCACUGAUUGUAUCUGCUUUGCCACCGUGGGAACCAUUGAUCCAGUUACCUCUGCUUUACACGUCAUUGUAGGUGACUCUCAGCCCAUGGACGUGUGCUCAGCUCACCACAACGACACCUUCCUCAAAUACUCGGUCUCGUUGCUUGGCUACGGUUUCUAUGGAGAUGUCCUGACAGACAGCGAGAGGAAGAGGUGGCUCGGCCCCGCCAGAUAUGACCUGUCAGGAGCAAAAAUCUUCCUGAACCACAACCACUAUGAAGGCACCGUCUCGUUCCUUCCUGCCGAGCACAACAUUGGGAACCCCAGGGACAAGCUGCUGUGUCGAUCAGGGUGCCAUGUCUGUCUGCACAAGCACUCAUCAAAGGAAAAGCAGCGGGGGAUGUUGGAGGAGAAGGAAGCGUCUGAUAAAGGCGACAGCGGCGGUUGGAGCGUGAUCCAUGGAAAGUUCGUUGCCAUCAACGCAGCCAGUAUGAGCUGCGCGUGUCCACGUAGCCCGCAAGGCCUGUCGCCGUCCGCCCACCUUGCCGACGGCACUACAGACCUCAUCCUGGUCAGGGAGUGCUCCCGCCUCGAUUUCUUCAAACACCUUCUUCGACACACCAACAAAGACGACCAGUUUGACCACCCGUUUGUCGAGGUCCACCGGGUGACCAAGUUUCGCUUCCAGCCGCGGCACCAGCAGCUGGUGUCGCUCGAAGACCUUAGCGAGACUCAGAAGAAGGCGGACUUCAGUCCAGUGUGCUCCUGCCAGACCACCUGCAGCAGCGACGGCAGAGCCCACAGCAGCUGGAGCUGCGAUGGAGAGAUCCUGCAUCAUGCUGCGAUCCAAGUCAGCGUCCAGUGCCGGUUGAUCCGACUGUUUGCCCGCGGUAUCGAGGAGCAGCAGCAGCAGCAGCAGCAGCAGCAGCAGCCGUCUUGUGUGUUUGAAGAUCCCUGUGCACCGCGGGCCCCACAGUCAAUCACACACUGUGCGGACUGAGAGCUGGACGAUGCAUUUUUGCCACUAGAAAUCAAUUUGUGAAGUUGCACUCUGAAAAAUACUUUUUUUUGGGGGGGGGAAAGGCACACAUCACCAAAGUGUCAAUGGAAAAAACGGCAUCCCGUAUCUCUUUAGUGCGAGUAAAAUGUGCAGGAGGUCUUCUCUUUGCUCAGGCUGUGAUGGAAUGAUAAAAGAAAAAAGCUGCCACACUGGCUGGUGGAGACUGUGUGGGUGAAACAGAGCUGACCUGGCCUGAGCUGGACUCACGGCAGUCAGAAAUAGGAUUUCCAAACGGACAUGAAGGAGAACGCAAAUAGACAAGCCAAGGUGAUAGAAGGAUUGCUUUAAAUGGGAAAAAAAAAUCCUGCGACACUGAUAAAAUAAAGACUUUAAAGAAAGAAGAAGCUCCCACAUGCAAUCUGCUGCUCCCUUUUUGGGGGGGAAAAAACAUUUCAUCUGUGACUCAGGUGAAAGUAGAUAUGAGCCAGGGGCAAUAAUGAAAAGAACUGAAUACCCUGCUAAUACACUAACAGGACCCCGGUGGCUGCUGGGUAAUAAGGCAAAGUGGUUGCUAAGUGAUUCAUUGUGUCUCAGCACUGCUGCGCUGCACCUGUGGCUCUGAGCGCUUUCCCUCUCUGGCUGGAAACUAGCAACAGUUCCGCCAUCACCUGGGAUUAGCCGAUAUUAUACAUGGUUAUUGUUAUUAGAGAUAUAAUCUGUUGAA